AUGAAUGCGACGUUCUUCCCUUUGUUAGCGGGGGCACGUGACCGCUGCUGCUGUUUUGCGCAACCCUCACUCUCCUCACCAAGCUCCCUCAACCGCCUGUGUCCGACUCCUCUCUACACUCCAAAACAACUUCGGUAUGCCUCGCUUGAUUUCUUUGUACCAGCCUUUGCACUCAGCACCACCCAACCCACCCACGCCUUUUUUUUCACGCGUUUUUGCCCCGAUUCACGCGACAUGACGUUCGCAGACUCUCGUCUUGAUUUCUUGUUCUUCGCCGUCGCAACCGCUCCUUACCAAGCGCACGCUGACCAUAUUAGGGAUCCUCAUCGCAGGCUCAACUUUUUCUCAAUACAACCGUCAUCUAAGUUUGCAUGUCCGCGACUCACUUUGGUGUUUUGCGACCGACUCAACUCGGCGCGGAAACACUCCACGCAACCACCAAAGCCCCACGCACCUAGUCCUUUUGUCAUGAACAGAACCACUAAAUCGCUUAUGCGCCUAAUCAUCUGUUUUCGACCUUUGAGCAUUUUCCCGUCAUCUUUUAUCGCGCAUCAACUACAUAC